AUGCUCAUCAAGGAAUCUCACGUCGACGUGCCCACGUCUGCCAAUGGCAAGGACAGCUCAAUGCGUAUGCCCCUCCUCGCUGAUGACACACUUGACCUCGUUAUCUGCUCACACCAUGACUUACAACAGGCAUUUUUGUAUACCAUCCGACCAUUGCCGGCUACCCAAAGGCGCGCUUUCCCGCAGUCUGCGUCUUCAGCGAAAUUUAUCAAGGCAUGCCACCAUCACCACCACCGAUUCUACUCCAAAGCUGACACAAGCCACAGUUACGGGACCCGUCGCACGCUUUGCACGCCAAAUAGCCGGUCAAGGCUACAUCGUUGCCGCACCAUCUUCAUACCACGACUUUGUUGGGCCGGAGCCGUUAAAACUCUUGAAUCUUAUGAUGCCGAUUCUCAUGCGACGGUCGACUAUCUGCUCUCCCUCCCAACUUGCACUGGCCUGAUUGGGUCUACGGGCAUGUGCCUUGGCGGCCAUCUCGCCGUUCGAGCGGCCCUUGAUCCCCGCAUCACCGCCUGCGUAUCCUACUUUGCCACGGAUAUCCAUUGCCGCACACUUGGGCCCUACACUGAGGCCAACUCGUCGUCUUCCGCCCCCGCCAACUCGAAUCACACUGUUGAUCUCUUUUCCAAACUCAAGGGAGAAUUAUCCAUGAUCUUUGGUAUCAAGGAUACCCACGUCCCCGACCAAGGUCGCGACUUGAUCCGCGCUAAACUCCGCGAGGCAGACUGUGUCUUUAGCUUUCACGAAUUCGCAUGGGCACAACACGCCUUCAUCCGAGAUGAGCUGAGCAAGGGGCGGUAUGACCCGGCGGUUACAAAAAUUUGCUUCGAGAUUUUGCUGGAGCUGUUUGGGCGGGUAUUGAAGACGGACUUGGGUGAGAGGGAUGGAACCGUUGCGCCACCAGAGCAUGUUUGCUAG